UAUGAGCUGUGAUCUUGCAUUUUUCUAUAGUUUCAGUUAGGAUGCCCUGUUACUGUGAUAUUAGUGGCAAACAAUAACAUGUGAAUACAAUCUAUUUACCUUGUUUCAUUUUUCAAUUACAUGCGAUAUACCUACAUACGCUAUUACAGAUCUAAAGAACAUUUUGAGGGUGCAUAAAGCAUAAUUGCAGCAGAUACUUUUGUUGAAGUAGUCAUCUAAUUUGUACUAUUCUGCAAGUACUGGUUCCGCUUGGAACAGCCGGCAGCCCCAGCACAAUAAACAGUGCUGGGCAGGUUUUAAAAGCAGCAAAAACUUUAGCUUUAUUCCCCAGCAGCUUGUCUAUCUCCAGCAGCCUUAUCACAUCUCCUGUUUCAAGCUCUACUAUGUAAACAAUGCAGUCUACAGUGUUUUACACGACUAUAUACAUGACCUGCUGGGCCUACGCUUACAAACAGGGCCACUGUUUUUUGUGAAUCUCUAGUCGUUGGAACUUCCUCACGGUUCUUCAUAGCUAUGUCUAGUUUACUACUUUAUGGACCCAAUCAAGCCAAUUCGCAAGUUGGUGUAACUGUCACAAUUAACUCUUUUCUGGAAAACAGAACAGAAAACUUCCAUUUAUAUUUUCUGGUAUUAUUUCCUUUGUAUUUUCUUAUUAACGGUGUGUUCAACCAUGUGUUUUGGCGCUCACAAAAGCCACUUGAGCUUGCCGCCCCAUCCACUGUUGCUGCGGCACAAUCGACAGGAACUGCCCCAAGAAAACCACUCAGAUUGAGGUUGACGACUUUGGGGAAACCGAAGCCAGCUGAAGGAACUACCUGAAUCGAAUUGCCCAGGAGCCAAAAUUACCUAGAGUUCGCUUUUCCUUGUAUUGAGUCAAGGAUCUGUGGAAGCGCUUUGGCACCGCGAGUUCAAAUGAAAGGGAAAAUGAAAAAAAAAACGGAGACCACCUGACGUAAAUGAGUGCAAUUGUAAUAAAUUGUGUGUAGUACAUAGCUGAGUUGGCAUAAAUGUACGCUGUGGUACGUUUUCUUGACGACUUAGCUACGCUUGUUAAACGGGAAUGGAUAUCAUCUUCGAAGCA